UCCUCAUUUUCACUUUUCAUUUCUCUUUUAAAAAAACUAAGUUUAGGGUUUUUUCUCUCUCCAAAUUCUUUCCCAAUAUGUCAGAAUCAAAGAAAAUCACGCUAAAAUCCUCCGACGGCGAGACAUUCGUUGUCGAAGAAGCGGUCGCCGUUGAGUCACAGACCAUCAAACAUAUGAUUGAAGAUGAUUGCGCAGAAAAUGACAUCCCGUUGCCUAAUGUGACAAGCAAGAUUCUUGCUAAGGUUAUCGAGUACUGCAAGAAACAUGUGGAAGCUGAUGCUGAUAAAGAUGCGACUAUUACUGGAAAGGAUGACUUUAUGAAGAGUUGGGAUGCCGAGUUCAUCAAAGUUGACAAAAACACCCUCUUUGACCUCAUCUUGGCUGCAAACUAUCUGAACAUCAAGGAUUUGCUAGAUCUGACCUGCCAGGCUGCGGCUGACAUGAUCAAGGGGAAGACUCCAGACGAGAUCCGUAAGAUAUUUAACAUCAAGAAUGACUUCACUCCAGAAGAAGAAGAGCAGAUCCGCAAAGACAACCAGUGGGCAUUUAAGUGAUACUACAAGCUGUCCUCACAAUGUCCAUACUAUGAUAGGAAAGUUGUCCAUACAAUGAUAGGAAUCUUGAUAUAAGAAGAUAGGAUGCCAUGCUUUAUUUUUCUCUAGUUGGUAGCAAGGUUGAGGUCAUUUUCUGUUUUCACGGACUAGUAGAAUUGCUUCGGACUUCCUCUUUCAAGGUUGGUUGCCCCGAACCACUUUUCUUUUCAUCACAUAAUCGGAAUUUUAUUUUUUUUAA